AUGCGUUCGAAUUGGAUGUUAUGGGUUAUAUGGAUGACAUUAAACACAAUCUCAGCAGCUGUUCUACCCAGUGCAUACAAAUUACAGAGUAUGUUUUUUUAAUUUUAUUUUAAAAUUUUCUUUUUUUGGAGUUUGAACUGAUUUAAAAUUAAAAUUUUUAAAAUUUGAAUGUUAUUCAGUCCGAUUUUUGAUGUUAGACUCAAACUAUGCAGAUUAUAUAUCAAAAUAAUGUUAUUGUCCGGUCCUUUGUUCUUCUUUUUGCACCAAAGUACCCUUUAUUUUGCAAUUUCCAAAUUCAAUCUCAAGUGUAAUAUCUUUGUUAUCGACUACAAUCUCUCUAAUCAUUCUGUUUGCAACUCGAAUUAUCUCAAGCUACGUUCAUUCGGAUACAAAUCCCAUUCCAUUUUGCAUGGGUAAUGUCCUCAUUUCGCAUGAUAUUAUACUCCCCCACUGGGAUCGGGCUUUCCAACGUCAUGCCGUUCUAAUUUUCGCUCUUUGUGCAUAGUUUUGGAAGACAGAGAACUAUUUGCAUCUGUCUCUGACACCAUCGGAAGUGCAUCCUAUUAAUUAUUAUAUUCCCUGGACAUUAUGGUUCACAUCAGGAUUACUGUAAUGUGAACGGAACGGAUUAGUGAUGGGAACACCGCCGCUGGCUAACCAGUCACGGAUUAAAAGUGAUAUUGACGUACCAACAAGCGUUUUGUCGGCUUAACCGUGAUAUCUUUGAGGGAGUGUUAGGCCGAGAUGAUCUCUCAACUUUUCGAUAUCUUCUCUUAUAUUUAGAUCAUUUUCGACGGCUUACCACGUCAGAAUCGCGUUUAGGGUUGUUACAGUGUUUUUAAUUAUCGGAUUAGUUCCAAAGUGUCGCACACUUAGUUAUACACGAGGUUUAACAAAUUGUAAGAGGAUUUUAUUUGAGGGAAACCGAGAAUUGAAAUGAAUUUGACGUAAUUUAUGAGAACAUGCAGUACUUUUGCUCUCAAAACACGCAACUUUUGUUAGUUUUUAGCAAGAAUGGUAUUUGGAUUAUGUUUUUUUAUUUCUUUUCACUUUAAAACAACAAUAACUUCUCUGCAAAUUCAGACAUGAGAACUUCUGAGUACCAAAACUAUUAUCUAUGCGUCCAUAAUCUUCAAAAAACGAAAAUUCCCUGAGGCUAUAUACUUUAUUUUCCCACAUUACAAAUUCUUUACAGGGAUAGAAGACGAUCCGGAUGUGGUGAUAGAGAAGAUGAUGACACUGUGUGCCAAGACCAUGUCCACGGACCGACUGGUCGACUCGCUAGUGGCCAGAUUGUGCGCAGAUCUUCGGUUUUGA